ACUCAGGACAGGAUUACACCUUCUCCACAAUGUGAGAUCUCUGAUGUGUGUGAAGACUUGACUUCUGUGAAAAGCAUUUCCCACACUCAGGACAGGAAUAUAGCUUUCUCCCUGUGUGAGAUCUCUGAUGUGUGGAAAGAUGCGACUUCCGUGAAAAACAUUUCCCGCACUCAGGACAGGCAUACAUCUUCUCCCCUGUGUGAAAUCUCUGAUGUCUGGAAAGAUGCAACUUCCGUAAAAAACAUUUCCCACACUCAAGACAGGAAUACAUCUUCUCCCCUGCGUAAGAUCUCUGAUGUUUGGAAAGAUGUGACUUCCGUGAAAAACAUUUCCCGCACUCAGGACAGGAAUACGGCUUCUCACCAGUGUGAGAUCUCUGAUGUUUGUAAAGAUUGGACUUGUCUGAAAAAUAUUUCCCGCACUCAGGACAGGAAUACGGCUUCUCACCCGUGUGAGAUCUCUGAUGAUUGUAAAGAUUGGACUUCUGUGAAAAACAUUUCCCGCACUCAGGACAGGAAUACGGUUUCUCCCCCGUGUGAGAUCUUUUAUGCACAUUAAGAUUGGAUGUAGAAUUGAAACAUUUUCCGCACUCAGUACAGGAGAAGCUCUUUCUUGUUGGAAGGCUGGCCCGAUCCCCGCACAGUCUGAGGAUACGAGGAAUCCGAUGGUCCAUCUACACUGGGUGGUGCCGGAUGGACAUUGGAGGGAGCCGGGUUUUCUCCUGGACUAUACUGUGUGAUGUCCUCAUCUUCUACUUUCCAGUC